AUGAUCUCCAGGGCAGUGGUGGCUCCCACGACCCAUUCCAUCUCCCACCUCUCGUCGCGCGCCCUCUCGUCCGCAAGUGCCGCGGCCGCCACCAGCACCGCUCGCUUCCCAUCCUCCCAGAAACAGUCUGCACAGCAGCAGAAGCAACCGCAGCAACUCCAGACCCAGCAGCAGCGCCAAUAUGCUACCGUUCAGGACCCCGCAGCGGUGCCUCCGCCCAGAGUCCACGGAGGAUUAAAAGAUCAGGACCGCAUAUUUCAGAACUUGUAUGGUAGACAUGGCCCGGAUCUGAAGAAUGCGAUGAAAUGCGGCGAUUGGUACAAGACAAAAGAGAUUUUGCUGAAGGGACAUGAUUGGAUCAUCUCCGAAAUUAAAGCUUCCGGACUUAGAGGGAGAGGAGGUGCUGGUUUUCCUUCGGGGUUGAAAUGGUCUUUCAUGAAUUUCAAAGAUUGGGACAAGGACCCACGACCUCGAUAUCUUGUCGUAAAUGCCGACGAGGGAGAGCCAGGAACAUGCAAAGAUCGUGAAAUUAUGCGAAAGGACCCCCACAAGCUAGUCGAAGGAUGCCUCGUGGCCGGCCGUGCGAUGAACGCCACCGCCGCUUACAUCUAUAUUCGCGGAGAAUUCUACCACGAGGCGACGAUCCUGCAGCGUGCGAUCAAUGAGGCAUAUGAAGCUGGUCUGAUUGGAAAGAAUGCUUGCGGCUCUGGCUAUGAUUUCGAUAUCUAUAUCCAUCGGGGGAUGGGAGCCUACAUUUGCGGUGAAGAGACGUCAUUGAUCGAAUCCAUUGAAGGAAAGGCCGGAAAACCACGCCUAAAGCCUCCGUUUCCUGCCGCGGUUGGUCUAUUCGGCUGCCCCAGCACCGUCACAAACGUCGAGACUGUUGCCGUAGCACCAACAAUUUGUCGUCGUGGAGGUAAAUGGUUCGCUUCUUUCGGCCGUGAGCGCAACCAGGGAACAAAACUUUACUGUAUCUCUGGUCAUGUCAACAACCCUUGCACCGUCGAAGAAGAAAUGUCCAUUCCUCUCCGCGAACUCAUUGACCGUCAUUGCGGCGGUGUCCGAGGCGGUUGGGACAACCUUCUUGCCGUCAUUCCUGGUGGAUCAUCUACCCCAAUCCUCCCUAAACACGUCUGUGAUGACCAAAUCAUGGAUUUCGACGCCCUGAAGGACUCCCAAUCUGGUCUUGGAACAGCUGCCGUCAUCGUUAUGGAUAAAUCUACCGACGUUGUCCGAGCCAUUUCCCGUCUCUCCUAUUUCUACAAGCACGAGAGCUGCGGCCAAUGCACACCAUGCCGUGAGGGCAGUAAAUGGACUAUGCAGAUCAUGCAGCGCUUCGAACGCGGUCAGGCCCGCGAGCGUGAGAUUGAUAUGCUCCAGGAACUCACCAAGCAAGUUGAAGGCCACACUAUCUGCGCUCUUGGUGAGGCUUUCGCCUGGCCUAUCCAGGGUCUCAUUCGUCAUUUCAGACCAGAGCUUGAGGCUAGAAUACAGAAAUUCGCUCAACAAAAUGGUGGAAAGCCUACAUUUGCUGGUGGCUGGGAUCCUUCAGCUCGGGAUGCUGGCAAACUUAUCUCUCCAGGACAGUAGAUGGUGUUUCGAUUGGAGAGGUUCCAUGGCAAAAUUCGAGGUAUAGAAUAUAAAUCUUCCUAAACUGGGAUGAUAUGAUCCUAGCUGAACUGAUCCAACCUACAUUUUUCGUUUGUUGUGCUUCCCAUAUACUGCUUGUACUUACCUUUUGCCAUUAGGAUUUCUAUAUUGUACAAUGAAAUGAGGUUAUAUUCUG